UAACAGCAGUGACAACUCAAUAAAGGAAACAAACGCAGUUGGUGAACGUUUCAACAUUCGAAAAAUCGGAAAAAUACUUUGUAAAUUAUUUGAAGUAAUACAAUCAUAUACAAGUACUGAACAUGAAAAUGCUGUGGGAAAACUGUACGACAAAGAUCAUUCUCCUCACGACCAUGUGUAUUGUGGUCGCGAGCUUCCCAGCGGAUAGAGAGCAGAUUUAUCACGAGAGUUCAGUGCAGUCAGCCGAUCCUGCGGCAACGAUAGCCGCGGAAAGCAUCCCUGAACUAUCACCAAUUGCACAACAACGAAAGAUCAACCGUGCCAAGCGAGAGAUCAUUUUUCGUCCUCUUUUCGUAUAUAAGCAGGAGGAGUUGGAGAAGCGUCAUUUCAACAAUAAAUUCGUUUUAACACCGCAAGCGGAAAAACAGUAUCAGCAAUUAGCAUUGACGAAUUAUUAUGGUUGAUCGACAAAUGUUUAUCUCCUACGGGUAGUACAAGAAUGG